AUGCAGAAUCACUCCACUCGCCCCGCUCUGCCUAUUGGCUGCGUGGCCCUGGUCCUACGGGCGGGGUUUUCCCUGCUCCGCAACCCCCGGCAGCCCCACCCCGAGCGGAAUCGUCGGCCCCAAAGCCGGCCCUGGAGCCGCCGGCUCCUCCCCGGGACAAGAUCUGUGUGCGUGUCCCCACAACCCCCUGACUCCGUGGCUGAGCCUCCUGUCCCCAUUCCUAUAGGGAAGCAGGCUGGGGGACAUCUGCUGGCCAUCAACCUGGCAUUGAGCGCUGUCAACCUGGCUGAGUGUGCUGGUGACGCCAUCUCUGUGGCAGCGCUGGCUGAGAUCUAUGUGGCGGCUGCCCUGCGCAUCAAGGCCAGCCUGCACCGCUGCUUCCACUUCCUGGCGCGCCCCUUCCUCUGCAGCGCCCGGCGUGUGGCCCUGUCCCAUGGUGGGGCCGUGCCCCCUGCCAUGCAGUGGCUCUGCCACCCCUUGGGCCAUCGCUUCUUUGUUGAUGGGGACUGGGCGGUCAAAGGUGUCCCCAGGGAAACCAUCUACAGCUCUGCCGGCAACCCAGUGGACCCGCUGGCCCAGGUGACCCAGCUGUUCCGUGAGCACCUCCUGGAGAAGGCGCUGUGCUGCGUGGCCAUGCCUGAGCCCGGCCGUCCCACUGCCCAGGGAGAGGGGCGCUUCUCCGAUGCCCUCGAGUACCUCCAGCUGCUCAACGGCUGCUCGGAUGUCAGUGGCACACCUGGCCCCACACCCUCCAUCGCCUCCGGCUUGGCGGCUGUCACAGGCACCGACCCCGUGUCCAAGUGGUGGGCGUCCUUCAUCGGCAUCGUUAUCCACUGGCUGCAGGGAGAUGAGGAAGGGGCUGAGCGCCUCUACCCGCUGGUGGAGACCAUGCCCCGGGCACUGCAGAGCUCUGAGAAGCCCCUUCCCCGUGCUGCCCUGCACUCUUUCCGAGCUGUCCGUGCCUUGCUGAGCAAACAGGACGGGAGCCAGACCACCUUGGGCCACUGUGAGAAGGCCAGCAGCUGCCUGCGGGAGAGCCUGGAGCUGGGCAGCCCCCCNAAGAUCGUGGAGCUCAAGGACCUGGUGGUGGGCACCGAGGCCAAGCUCAACAAGUCAGCGAUCCUGAGGAAGGCAAUCGAGUACAUCCGCUUCCUGCAGCAGAGCAACCAGAAGCUGAAGCAGGAGAACCUCGCCCUGAAGAUGGCCAUGCAGAAGAACCAGCCUGUGAAGGACCUGGGGACCCACAGCAGCCGGGGGGCCAAGGCGGAGGCCCCCAUGGAGGUGGUGAAGGCAGAGGUGAUGGAGAUGCUGACACCGCCGCCCUCAGACGUGGGCUCGCCAUCCCACAGCAGCCCACUCUCACUCAGUGGGGGCAGCAGCAACAGCAGCAGCGACUCAGAGCCUGAGAGCCCCCUCUGUGCCCAUGGCAAGGUGAAGCAGGAGCAGCCACCACCCUCGCCCAGCAGCCAGGGAAUGCUGGACCGCUCCCGCAUGGCGCUCUGCGCCUUCGUCUUCCUCUGCCUCUCCUUCAACCCCCUGGCCUCCCUGCUCCGGGGUUCUGCCUCCCCAGCCCCCUUGGGGAGCCAGGACACCGCUGGUCCCGGCAGGAGCAUCAUGGCUCAGUCUGGCACUUCGGGUAAGCUCUGGUCUGGAGUGGGGGACAUUGGGAUGGAGGUUGUUGGGUUGGGUGUGGGAUGGAGGCUGUCAGGGUGGGCAAGGGCUAGAGGCUGUUGAGGUGAAGAGAUCAAGGGGCAUGAUGUUGGGGUGGGUGUAUGGUAGGAGCUACCUGGCUUAAGGCUGUUGGGGUUGGCAUGAGGGAUUGGGGCAUCAGAGUGGUGACCGUCACGGUGGAGGUGAUCAUGGUGGACAGGGGUGAAGGCCAUCAGGAUGGGAGUCUUGGGGUAGGUCUGAGACAGGAGAUGAUUGGGGUGAACAUGGGACAGAGGCCAUUGGGUGGAUGUUGCUGGGAUGGGCACAGGGUGAAGGCCACCAGAAUGGAUAUCCUGGGGUGUGUGUGAGGCAGAGACCAUCGGGGUGGAAUCUGUCAGGGUGGACAUAACUGUGUGGAGGCUCUUUGGUGGACAUGAGAUGAAGGCCACUGGAUGGAGACCCUGG